AGACUAGGAGACAACCUACUCGCUAUCUAUACAGACGCCUCUUCUAUUAAGAAAGGCACAGGAAUAGGAAUAGGAGUUACUGCUCUAGACUAUAAACAGCAGGCUAAAGAAAUCUACUCUACUAAAUAUAAUAUUAGCAAAGGCCAGAUUGUAUACAAUGGAGAGCUAGGAGGCAUAACAAGAGCCUUUAAGUUUGCAGCUUCUAUAGCUACAGCAACACAAGAGAUCCAACUUGGCAAAUCCACUGCACAAACGCAGCAAAGGCAAUUAACAGCAAAGGCGCAAUAAUUAGCCUACACUAGAC